UAAUUAUAGUGAACAUCUUUUUUAUCUUGUUUUUUAGUAACAUUUGUCACUAUGCUACUUCGAGUUAUUCUCGGACCUGACAAUAUACAAAAAGUGUCCAUUCCCAACCCUUCUUCACUUGAAGACCUCAAAGAAAUGCUAUCGAAAAAGCUACAGAUUGAGAAAGGAUUUUCAAUGCAGUAUGAAGAUCCUGACUUUGAUUAUCGGCUUUGCAAUCUACAUAAUGUGGAGGAACUUCCACCCGAAAAAGCCACUAUAAGAAUUUUUUGGGAAUUAAUGAUGAGCCCAAUAGAACAACCUGACAAAGACUCAUCAGAUGUUUCUUUUGACACUUUAGAUACAGCAAGUCUGGUAUCAGUAGAGUCCAGCCCAAGCUCAUCCAGUUCUUGUCACCGUGUAAGUCAGUGGCCAUCAAAAUUUUUCAUACCAAGUUUUUCAUUUGACGUAGAGAUCCGCCUCAGAAAAGGCAAUGAACAAUAUGAGAAAGAACAAACAACUUUGAAUGUGCCCCGUGAUAUGAAAAUGGAAAUUUUAGACAAAUUAGCAGAGCUAAUGUAUUCUUUCAAAGCUUACCCCACUGACAAAGAGUUUGAAAGUGUUGCAAGGGAACUUGUUUCUAAGCACCCCUGUUUGUCUGAGACUGGACCUGAUAAGGGGUGGCAAGCAUGGAAAAUGAGCCUAAAGCACAAGAUGGGCAAUUGUCGUCAAAAAUUGCGCAGCGCUGGAUGCUUUGAAGUCACAGUAAACCAAAAGAAAAAGAAAGGUGUUAAAAAACCAAAGCAUGCAGAGAUAAACUUCCUGCCUGACCAUCCACCAGGUAUCAAUGAAGAAGUACUGGAAUGUGAAAGAAGAGCCAUGGUAGAUGAACUUAAGAAAAAAAUUUCAACAUGAACCUUCUAAAUGAAAAAAUGGACAUUACAUUCUCCAUGAGACGACAAGAAAUUGUUCAAGAACAACCUUUAGUGUCACUUGUAAAAGAGAAAUGGCCAGGCCUCUUCUUACAGCAUCAGGUGUAUGGAGAAUUCAAACGAAUAACGGGAAUCGACCUGUAUAAAAC